AUGGUGAACAAUGUGGAAGCAAACGAUCAAGUAAGACGCAGACGAGGACGUCCAGCUCGCAAUCAAGGCGUUAAUCGCGGUAGACCUAUUCCUGUUGAGGAGUUGCCAAGACCAGUCGGAAACCAGAUUCUUGAAGAGUUAGGAAGGCUUAGAAGAACGCAACCAAAUGAGCGAAUAUAUUUGUUAUCUGAGUUCAGAAAGCAAAGACCGCCGGUGUUCACAGGUGAGCCUGACUCGAGAGUCGCUGAGAGCUGGAUUCGUCAAAUAAAAAAGAUGUUGGAAACCAUGGGUAUUACUGUGCAUACAGACAAGAUCGCCCUGGCAAGUUAUCAGCUAGAAGGAGAAGCGGAUCAUUGGUGGUCCUUGAUGAAAAAUUCUCGGGACACGACAAGCAUGACUUGGGCUCAGUUCAAAGAAUUGUUUCUAAGAAAAUAUUUCCCAAACACAGUUAGACAAGAGCGAAUUUGGCAAUUUCAAACUUUGAAACAGGGUGAGAUGUCAGUGACUCAGUAUGUGGCCAAGUUUGAAGAGCUGGCUCGAUACGCAGCCGGAUACGUCGCAGAUGAGGAAGAGAAAGCACGAAAAUUUGAGUGGGGUUUAGACCCUAUUAUUAGAGGUAAAGUGUUACCCUUGCGCCUCCAUACAUUUGCUGAUGUGGUGGAUACGGCAUUGGAUAUAGAAAGAGAGUGCACAGACUCAAAAAGGAUUUGGAUGAUGAAAACGAAGAAAGGGGGUCAAUCCUUUGUAAGACCAAGAAUAAAUGACCAAAGGAAUGUGGUACGGACACCAUACACCAGACUGUCGCAACAGCAAAGCCAGAAAGGAAGUUUACAAACCAAGCCUAUUACACAAAUCCAAUGUUUUCACUGUCAUCAGAUAGGGCACAAGAAGUCGGAAUGUCCCCAACUUUCUGGGAUGGGAAAUCAAGCAGGGGGUUCAAGUGCGAAUGCUCAAGUUAUUGGCGGGCAAAGGCCAUGGACGAACAAGUCAGGAGGAAACCGAAAGGUUGGACCAACUGGUAAUCAAAAAGCCACAGGCAGAGUUUUUGCUCUCCAAGAGGAAGAUAAUGGAGAUCCAUCAGUAAUUAGAGGUAACAUUGUACUCUAUAAUUCUUGGGUUCACAUUCUAUUUGAUUCUGGCGCAUCGCAUUCUUUUAUAUCAACAUCAUGUGUUAAAUCAUUAGGUCUUAAAUGUGAACCUUUAGAAACUACUUUACGUGUUGUAUCACCCUUGGGAGGAAGUAUUAGGGUAGGAUUAGUCUGUCGAGGGUGUGAAUUAGAAGUGUCAGGGUUACACUUGAGUUGUGACCUUCGGGUCAUGAACAUGUCCGAUUUUGACAUAAUCUUGGGAAUGGAUUGGUUAUCCGCCCACCGAGCAGUGAUUGAUUGCUACUACAAGAGGGUGACGGUUUGCACACCUAGUGGAACGUGUUUAGAAUUUAAGAGGGAUAGAGAGGAUUCCCUGAGCACGACAAAUCGUAAAAUGCAGUGGCAUCGACAAUUUGCUGGAUGGUUAGCAAGUUUGAUCAUUAAUGAAGAAGCCCGAUUAGAAUUAAAUCUUUCGCGUGUAGUUCGUGAAUACGCUGAUGUUUUUCCUGAAGAAUUGCCAAGAUUACCGCCGUAUCGUGAUGUAGAUUUUAGUAUUGAGUUACAAGCGGGUACUGCACCAAUAUCCCUAACGCCCCACCAUAUGGCUCCUGCCGAACUUCUAGAGUUGAAGACGCAACUGCAAGAAUUAUUGGACAAGGGAUUUAUCCGACCAAGUUCCUCACCGUGGGGCGCACCAGUUCUAUUUGCAAAGAAAAAAGAUGGAACACUAAGGUUGUACAUAGAUUAUCGGCAACUCAAUCGGGUGAUGAUCAAGAACCGAUAUCCACUUCCACAGAUUGAUGACCUUUUUGAUCAACUUCGAGGUUCGAAGUGUUAUUCAAAGAUUGAUCUUAGAUCUGGCUAUCAUCAAUUGCGAGUCACUGAUGAUGACAUACCAAAAACUGCUUUCCGAACCCGAUAUGGCCAUUACGAAUUUGUGGUAAUGCCCUUUGGAUUAACCAAUGCACCAGCCGUGUUUAUGAGCUUGAUGAAUAAGAUUUUUAUUCCGUACUUGGACCAGUUUGUGGUGGUUUUUAUCGACGAUAUUCUAGUCUAUUCACCAUCGGAAGAAGAACAUGAGCAACACUUGAGAGUAGUUCUCCAGGUUUUAAGAGACAACCAGCUGUACGCAAAAGUAAAUAAAUGCGAUUUUGGGACACGUCGUGUCGGAGCAUGGAAUCGCUGUAGACCCGGCCAAGGUGGAAGCAGUAUUAGAUUGGAAGCAGCCAACCUCAGUAUUCAAAGUUUGUAGUUUCUUAGGGUUGGCCGGCUAUUACCGACGGUUUAUUCAAGACUUUGCUAAACUAGCUAAGCUGAUGACUUGUCUAAUGCAAA